UUGUGAUUGAAGCGAUGCAUGCUGGGAGAAGAGGUGCACACACGUGGUGGCGGCAGCAGCAGCGUGCAGCGGUGGUCUAGAUCAGAAAAUGCCACGCAAAGCAAAACGGGUAAGUGCUGAUGAGGAUGCUGCCAUACCCACCAAAAAACAGCCACCAUCAAGCGAUGUUCCUCUGGAUUUCAGCACACCACAAUGCCUCUUUGAAAGCUUUAUUGCCCCGGUGACCAGAGAUGAGUUCUUCAGCACUUACUGGGAGAAGAAGCCAUUAUUAAUCCAGCACCGUGACCCCAAAGUGCAGAGUUUCUAUCGGUCUCUCUUCCCGAUGCAAGACUUGAAACUUGCCAGCGGCCAAGGGAUCUACUACAGCAGAGAUGUGAACCUGUGCAAGUGUAAGGAUGGGAAGAAGGUGCUCUUACCUAGACGGGGAAAAGCCAACUACACAGAGAUCAUGAAGGAUUUCCGAAAUGCCAAAGCCACCAUACAGUUUCAUCAGCCCCAAAGAUACAAUGACAAGCUGUGGCAGAUCAUGGAGAAGCUAGAAUGUUUCUUUGGUACACUCGUUGGAUCUAAUGUGUAUAUCACACCAUCAGGUUCUCAGGGUCUGCCUGCUCACCAUGAUGAUGUAGAGGUUUUUAUCCUCCAAGUGGAGGGUGAGAAGCACUGGCGGCUCUAUGAGCCCAUUGUUCCCCUGGCUAGAGAAUAUGAUGUGGCCCCUGUGGACAAGGUCAAAACACCCACUCAUGAUUUCAUAUUAAAGGAAGGUGACAUGUUGUAUUUUCCCAGAGGGGUGGUUCAUGAGGCCGACACGCCUGCAGGCUCCUCACAUUCCACGCAUGUGACUAUCAGCACCUAUCAGAACAUAUCCUGGGCAGACUAUCUGCAAGACCUGAUGCCUGCACUUCUACAUGAUGGUGCGAAGGAAAAUGUGGACCUGAGAAGAGGCAUUCCUCGCCAACAAUUACUGUGUUUAGGUCCUACUAGUGCAGGCAGCACCUUAGCUGGUCUCUUGAAGGACUUGGCUAACCGGAUAGAAGGAGGAUGCCAGCUGCGUUCAUGUGAAAUGCUGCGGGACUUCAUGGGGAGUAGACUGCCACCCUAUGUGAAAGAUGGCUCUCCUAACAAGGAGAAAGGAAGCACAAAGAAAUCAGUCCAUCCUCCAAACCUAAACAGCACAAUCAGACUGCAGUACCAGGAUUAUGCCGCCAUCACAGUAGAUCACGUUCCUAAGAUGCUUGAUCCCACAGAUGAAUUAAUGAUAUAUGUCUUCCAUGCCAUAAACAAUAACCGGGAAUCUCAUAUGGUCUCAGACUCUGAAGAAAGCCCUCCAGUGAGCGGUCUGCGUUUCCCUUUGUCACACAUGAAUGCACUUAAAGAAAUCUGGAAGAGCAAGCUACUGCGUGUUAAUGAGCUUCCUCUGGAGGAUGACCAUGAUAAGGUGAACCUGGCGAUCUCUCUGUGGACUGAGGGCUUAAUCGAGAAUGUCCACACUGAGAGCUGAACAUCAUACUGUCUCCAUAACGGCAGCCCAGGCUGAACAUCAUACUGUCUCCAUCACGGCAGCCCAGGAUGUGAUUCGUCACCCAGAGGAACAAACCUACUGCUGCGUUUUAUGUGUUUACUUAAUUCUUCUACAACCAAAAGCAAAAAAAUCAUUUGAUGUUUACAAUGGGCUGGAUAGCGCCAGUGUGCCUUUAUUUCAUCAUCUACCCGACCCCGUCAGAUUGGUGUUGCAGCAAGAGUGGACUUAUUCUUUAGUCUUGUCUGACUCAUUAUGACCUCACGGAUCACCGGGCAUUUCUCUGAACUUACUGUUUUGUAUUAAUUUUGUCUGUUGUGCCUAGCCUCCUGACACGCCAUACUCCUGUCGUGCCUAGCCUCCUGACACGCCAUACUCCUGUCGUGCCUAGCCUCCUGACACGCCAUACUCCUGUCGUGCCUAGCCUCCUGACACGCCAUACUCCUGUUGCAUUUAUGCCAACUGGUCUCCCCCAACAAGUUCUGCCUUUUUGUCAUAUGGCCAAAAUAUUUGGCUUUGGUAUCAGUACUUCAAGUGAAAUGGUUUUAAAAUAGAUUUGCAGGUUUGUUUAAAUACGUUGGGCCAAGCUGGCCCAAACACAUUUUCCAUUCCAGAACAGUGUUGCCACUGGGACUCCUGUAAUGGAUUGUAGUAGUGUUGGCUAGUGAGCAGCUGCUGUUUUCCAGUAUAUGUGACUUCCAUGGUGCUGGAUAUUGAGAAUUUGUCUCCGCCGUUUAGGAGACAACUUGUAAUUUUAUCAGUGAAUACAGGGCUGCAUCUGAUUGGCCGAGGUAGAGAUUGUGACAUCAUGGGCCAGCCUGUUCACUUCAGUCAAUCAGCCUUGUAUUCAUUGGUAAAUUGACAAAUACUUCCAAUAUCCAGCAGCAAGGGGGUAGUGGCUUGUACUGCUGCUUGGCCCUAACAAACUAUUUAAAGUGAAAGCAAACCUGAAAAUCUCUGUUAAAGUGGUUGUAAACCUCUGACAUGAAAUAUGAGCUAGGAACAUCUCUCUAUAGUGCGUACUUUGUUUCUCUGCUAUUAGCAUUGGUCAUUCUUGACAAGUUUUCCUGACACCAAGAGAAAAAUGGUGACAUUGUGGAGCUCCAGCUGAUUGACGGCCUCACUCUGUUUCUUUGUGUUUACCUUCCUUCCCUCCAAUCGGCUCUUAGAAUUCUCUUCACUGAGCUCUACAGAGUGUAGCUUCAGCUCUCCUCCCCCUUUUUCUAAACUCUCAGACAAGCUUCAGAAAAAAAGUUUUUUGAAUGUAUGUAUAGAAAAGAAGACU